AUGGCCCUCGCCGAAGAGGACAUCCAGCCGCAAAUGACGCGCCGCCGCCCCGGGCAAUCAGCUAUUACCACACCGCGAGACGAGAAGGAUCGAGUUGAGAUCCAGUCAGGUACUGAAUUCGGCAUCACGCUUGGGACACCAAUUGGCCUGCGUGUGAUGAACGAGAACCAGCGCCCCAAGGACUAUGGAAACCAAACCAUGGACUUGUAUCCGAGGCCCAGCCACGCCGACUGGACAUACCUGGAGAAGUACGGCGUUAAAGCGAGCUCAGGUGGUGGUAGGAGCAGUGCACGCGAGACUAUCGGACGGGUCGCAGCCGGAGCCAUUGCUGAGAAAUACUUGCGCGACGCAUAUGGCAUCGAGAUAGUAGCUUUUGUGGCUUCCGUCGGCAAUGAAUUUCUGUUUCCACCCACGCCUGAGCACCCUACGGCGGCGACUAAUCCGGACUAUCUUAAACUGAUCGAGACGAUCGAUCGAAAUAAAGUCGACAAGUUCCUACCAGUCCGCUGCCCCGAUAGCAAGGCCAGUCUGCGCAUGGAGAAGCUCGUUGCCGACUUCAAGGAGCGCAAGGACAGCAUUGGUGGGACAGUAACUUGCGUAAUUCGCAAUAGUCCUAAUGGAUUGGGUGAGCCGUGUUUUGACAAGCUUGAGGCCACUCUCGCUCAUGCCAUGCUCAGUAUUCCUGCAACUAAAGGAUUUGAGAUUGGAUCUGGCUUUGGUGGCUGCCAGGUCCCCGGCUCGAUACAUAACGACCCUUUUAUCAAAGCGCCUCCAGCACUGGCGGGAAAAGGUGGACUGAACCCGUUGGUGCAGCGGUCCCGGCUAACGACCAAGACAAACAACUCGGGAGGCAUUCAAGGCGGGAUUUCGAACGGGGCGCCUAUUUACUUCAGCGUUGCCUUUAAGCCGCCAGCAACUAUUAGCCAGGCACAACAGACGGCGAUGUAUAACGAAGUUGAGGGGCUGCUGGAGGCAAAAGGCCGACAUGACCCCUGUGUAGUGCCUAGGGCAGUCCCUAUUGUUGAAGCCAUGGCAGCACUAGUAAUCAUGGACGCGGUGCUAGCACAGCAGGCCCGGUCCGCGGCAAGAAGCUUGCUGCCGCCGCUAAAAGGCGUGGUUCCAGAUGGCUAG